AUGGCCCGCCUGACAGGGUCCCGCAUGACGCGAAGUCGGAGCCGAGAAGCAGCGAACGCAGGGCUUAUGCCAAAUAAGGGAUCAUUGGAGCGAAAUUGGCUGACCGGGGUGACUGAGGAGCCUUCUACUCCUUCUCCCGGUUUUAUUGCGCCCAGACAUGUGGUACCAGAAUCGCCAGAAAACCAUGAAGGUCAUACCAAUGUCUCUGGUACAACCCUGGGUCACAACGAUGUUGAGCCCGUCGGUUCUCAAGUCGCCGAUAAAAUUGCGACCCACCUGCCGUUCGUUCAGCAACAGGCGACGCUUGUCAUGAGUCUCUUAGUUCGCCCGGAAUUGAACCCGGAUAGCCUUGCAGCUGAGUCGAAAAGGCUCCUUGAUUCUAAUCACCCGAAUCGCAAACGCCUGAGACGAUCGGUGGAAGGACUAACCGAUGAACUGGAUGACUCCCCCUUUCUCGCGAUGGCAGCUCGUCGUUUGCUUUCUCCCACGCAAUUGGAUGCGUCCAUUGCAGAUAUUUACAUGACGAACUGCGCUCUGUUGACUCUCAACAUGUUCCUCCCCAGCAUGGGUACCGUGUCCCAGUCGGAGGUCAUCCAACAGCUGGAUUCCCAGUUUCCCGCAUGUGUCAUGAGCAACCUUGUAGAAAGUUCUAUGACAAGGGACAUUGGAGCCAGUAAUACCACCGAGACCACCUUCAACCUUGCCUUGGGUAUCCGCACGCAGUUCUUCAUCAUGGAAUUAGAAAGACGCCAACAUGAGCAGGACUUCAGUGCACUCUCUAUCUUGAGACAGAUCUUCGCUAUGGACCUUGCACCCAGCGAAGAUGACUCCCCUGCUUCUUUCCGAGGGUUCAAUUUGCCAGGUGUCUUACAGGACGAGGAUGGCCAUCUUCCAGAAUACCUACCUGAAAGGUUCCUCAUCGCUGUCAGCGACAGGUUCAAUGAGCUUCACGAGGAAAUUUCUGAGUGGGAUACACUUGAUAUUGAUGGUCUGAGGAAGGCAUACAGAUGGCGAUCGUUUGAACGUGACCUUGCACGUUGGGUAUAUGCUCGUGACAGAGAAAUCAAGGACGACAUCAGACGGUUGUCAGAAAGAUUGCGUAUCUCACCCGCCCCUCGCCGUCUUACUUCUGUCCCAGCUGGAACUCCCAGUCGGCGUCAAGGAUCGACAGCGCCUCCAAGUGGUGACAUUUCUCGUCGGGGACCCUUGCCCCAACGGACUCAUUCUCCUCAGAAAGAACGAUUGGUGAACAUACUGCCAGGUGCAAAUAGGGCGCCCCAGGCAGAGAUGGUAACGCAGGCAGAACAGUCAGCCCAGGUGGGCAAUAUACCCGGAGACAUCGGUUCUCGGUCAGGCAUCACUUCUCAAACGGUUCCUGAACAAAGUGUAUCCAACCAAGUCGGACAGACUGUAUCAAAAGAUCCGAGUCGGCGCAAGUCCAAAAGCAACUACCGAGACCCGGCCUCGCUCGCGGCACUCAUGAGGCGCCAGGCUACUAGUCGUCAGCAACCUGCCUCGAACGUCGCAUCGCAAGCGCAAAAUAUUUCUAAUGACACGAACAUUGUCACUCAAGCCGGUCCUUCUGCUAAUCGCGGAGUCGAUUCCGUUGAAAUCCAACAAUCCCCUGAUCUUACAUACCGAGAUAUCGGGGACGAGUCUACCUAUGUAAACAAUGACGAGGACUUGGACCUUGGUCAGGGUCCAGAACCUGAUGUUAUGACAUCGACUAGCCCCCCUACCUCCUCUAGAAUCAGUCGGGUCAGCCACAAUCCUAAUCCUCGGUUCUUUGAUUCACCCAGAGAUGGAAACACACAGCGAUCAGGUCCGAACGCUCGGCGCUUCCUCGAUAAGCAGAGUAAUGCCAAAGUUGUGUCACCGAUCAGCCAGUACGAUGCUCAAAGUCCAGGGAAUCAGUUCACUGUUCUGGGGAAACGGAAUCGAAAUGCCGACGCCCCGGACGAUGACUUGAGUGACGGGUCAGACGUCGAAUUCGAGCAGAACAAUCAGGACGUGGACCCCAGGCGCAGGAUCGAAAAGCCCCAGCAAAAGUUGCCUGCCGCGAAGCGACAGCGCCCGGAGGACAACCCGGGGUCUGUCGGAGAACGGCUGCCAUCGAGCAUCAACCAAUCGUUCCACCGCAACCAGCCUAUCUCAGCACAAGGCGCUCAAAGGGCGCAGAGAGCCGAAAGUGACGAUAUCACCGAUGAUGAAACCACUGUUGAGCAAUACGAACCAUCCACCGGUACUCAGAGUCGCUGGGCAGCCUCUAACUCCCAGGCUGCGCUGGUCAAUCGGAGAGUUCGGAGCACCAGCCACAGAUGGACAGAGGAAGAAGAUGAACGUCUGAUCCACCUCUUGGGGAUUUAUGGCACUUCCUAUUCCGCCAUAAAGAAGCAAGAUAACGCUUGUCCCCCAUCUGAAGGUGGUCCCAUGCUUGAGCGUCGCUCUCAGGUUAAUUGUAAAGAUCGUGCUCGCAAUUUGAAGAGAAAGUAUCUCAGAGAGGGCCGACCACUUCCACCGAACUUGGAGAAGGCGACAGGUUGA